GCUGUUGGACUUCUGCGCCGUGUUCAAGCCCGCGAUGCCGCGGUCCGUGGUGGGAACAGCUUGCAUGUAUUUUAAACGCUUUUACCUCAAUAACUCAGUGAUGGAGUAUCAUCCUCGGAUAAUAAUGCUAACGUGUGCAUUUUUGGCCUGUAAAGUAGAUGAAUUUAAUGUAUCCAGUGCACAGUUCGUUGGUAACCUUCGAGAAAGCCCUCUUGGACAGGAAAAAGCUCUUGAACAAAUACUGGAAUAUGAACUGCUGCUUAUUCAGCAACUGAACUUCCAUCUCAUUGUCCACAAUCCAUACCGGCCAUUUGAGGGAUUUCUAAUCGAUUUGAAGACUCGAUACCCAGUGCUGGAAAAUCCUGAAGUUUUGAGGAAAACAGCUGAUGACUUCCUCAGUCGAGUGGCUCUGACAGAUGCGUAUCUGCUCUUUACUCCCUCACUGAUAGCUCUCACUGCCAUAUUAUCUAGUGGUUCAAGAGCAGGAAUUAAUAUGGAAAGCUAUUUGUCAGAGAGUCUUAUGCUGAAAGAGAACAGAUCAACCUUAUCCAGACUACUAGAUGACAUGAAAUGCAUGAAAAAUCUCAUCAAGAAAUAUGAACUGCCAAGGGCUGAAGAGGUUGCUGCUCUGAAACAGAAAUUAGAGAAGUGUCAUACCUUAGAGCUUGCACUUAAUACAAACCCGAAGAAGAGGAAAGGUUAUGAAAAUGAUGAAUAUGUUGCAAAGAAAUCCAAAAUGGAUGAGGAAGAGUGGACUGAUGAUGACCUUGUGGAUUCUGCAUUACCUUAAAGGAAGAUGGACUCCUACCCCUCCAGGAAUGAAUUUGGUGCCAGGUGUGACCCUACCUGCCACAGGUUCUUUAUAUUCUGUGUCAUACAGUUUUUAUGCUUUCAGUGUUUAUCUUGGCAAAAAAGCCUGUUACUUUGUUAAAAUAAAAUUAGUUGUGGUUCCUUUAAA